UUAAAAUAAAUGUAUAUUUAUUUAUAUUUUUGUACAAGUAUCCAGACAUCAUCUGCGCGAUGUAUGCGUAAUUGGAGCGCUCCCUUCGCCCCUAAAAGACUCCCGACGCGGCUUUGCUUCUUCACCUGUUAAAGCAAACCGCAGAGAUGGGGGGAGGGGCGCUUCAUGCUCACCUUUCUCAGCCUUUUAGUAGGCACUUCUCAUAAUAUUGAUCAGUUUCUGGUUUUGCUGUACUUAUAAAAUGGUCACUUAUCAAAUUUAAAGUCAGAAUUGCUCGUCUUCAGCAUCGCAUAUUUGUCAUAUAGUUUUUUUUUUUUUUUUUAGGUAUGUGAUCAACCCUCCUUUAUUUUCCGUUUGGUAUAAACCAGCGGAGUCCCUUUAACAGAAGGCCAGAGUGUUCACAAGUCGUGUUGUUUUUUUAAUCGUUUGUUGAUGCGGUGUUUAUAACGUGAAGGUACGUGUACAUAUCCUGUUUUUAUUUAGAUUAUUUAGCAUUAGACGCACAUAUGUGUUAUAUUUUUUGGAUAUUUUGACGGUAUUCCUGGCUGAACAUCAGGUCGCCCCCGUCUAGGGUGGGUAAUGUUGUUGUUUAAUCUUUGUCUUGUGAUGCUACAUUGUAGCUGUAUAGUCUAAUGUCAGCAUUGCUGAGUCUGUACACAGCGUCUCUGUUCAGCCGCCUUUUCUUUUUUGUGUUUGUACAGAAACACUAACAAAACAAUCUGAUGUGAAUUUAGAUUUGUUGUUGUUGAUGAUGAUGUUUAUGAUGCCGUAGGAUUAAAAAAAAAAUCAAAAGGGAUGUAAUUUUAGACGCAGGAAUUUUUCUCUACUAUUUUUUUAUAUUGUAGUCUUUGGUUUUUAUUUAUUAUAGUAUACAGUAUAUUAUUCCUAUUUUUAUUGUGGCAGUGUGCGGCCUUAUUGUUUAUGACUGUGUGGCUCAGAUGUAACACACCCAGCAUAUAGGUCUAUAUUCUCUCUCUCUCUCACACACACACACAAAACAGUAAGAAAAAAUAUUUUCCAUAUAAAUUAUUAUUUUUGUUUGAGAUGGGCUGAGGAGCAUACACACCUGUCAGUAAAUAUCCCUGAACACGUGACCACUGUUGGCAAUUAAUUAAGUAAACUUAUUACAGUGCAGUAUACAUUAUCAAAUGUUAAGCAACAAUUAGAGUGAUUUUAUGCACUUGUAUAAAGACCUUUUUAACAUCUGGAUUUUCCCCCCCAAUACAAUAAAAAGUCAUAAACAUUUCUCAUACUUAUACCCAUUUCAUUCAUUCAUUCUUCAGUAAGUGCUUUAUUCAGGUUAGGGUUGCAGUGGAUCUGGAUCUCAAGAACACUAGGAUGAGGAAAACACCCUGUAUGGGACACCAGUUCAUCACAGGUCACAUUCGCAAACACAUUCACGUGUUUUAGAGUGGUCAGUCAACCUAGCAGUGUGUUUUAGGAGGAGGAAACCAGUGUGGACACGGGGAUUACACAUAUUACGUACAGAAAAUCCACUCACAGUAAUCUGAGCAAACUAGAGACCCUGGAUAAUCCAGUUCUAGAGUAUUCAAUUUGAAACCAUUUCUUGAAGUAUAUACACUAAAUGGUCAAAAGUAUGCAGACACCUGACAGUCACACCCGUAUGUGGUUCUUCCCCCAAACUGUUGGCCACAAAGUUUGAAGUGCACAAUUGUUUAGAAUGUCUUUUGUAUACUGUAGCAGUACAGUAUCUCGACACUUUAAAUAAGAGGCCCAAACGUGUCCAAGCAUGACAGUGCCCCUGUGCAUAAAGCGAGCUCCGUGAAGACAUGGUUUGUCAGUGUUUAUUUGCAAGAACUCAAAUGGUCUGCACAGAGCCCUGACCUCAACCCCAAGUCAAAUGCAGACUGUACACAAGGCCUCCUCAGAAGAGUGGAGGUUGUUGCAAGAGCAAAGGGCACUAAAUCUAUGAUGGGAUGUUCAACAAAUACAUAUGGGUUUGAUUGGGGCCAAGGAAUCACAUCAGACCAAAACCAACCAACAGGCAAUCUUCUUGUCAUCCAAGUGUUCAAUGCCUAACACUGCAGAAAGUGAAGGCGGUAACAUAUCUGGUGCCAAGGAUCCGGCACCCCCAUCACGGUUGCCGGUCCAAGACAAUGAGCACGGCUUCCUGAACCCGUUCAGCUGUGAUACGCAGCGUGCCAGACGGGCCUCCAGCGCCGAGCUGCAGCUCCCAUGGACAUGCCCGGUCACACAUUCCCGGGAAAAAUUCUACACAGUGUGCUCUGAUUAUGCACUGCUCAACCAAGCCCGUCCAAUCCUAACCCCCAGAGAUGUUCCCCAGUCCAGCCAUGACUGCAGCACACCACUGAGUCAAUCAAACAUCAUCACUAUCUCCCAGGGUCGGGCUGGAGGAAUCCGUUCACCUUCAGGUGAUGCCUGUGAUAUAGAAGAGACAUUGUCCAGCAACUCCAAGCCCAUUUUAGCCUGGGAGAUUGACACCACCGACUUUGAUGCAGUUUUAACCCGAAAAGCCAGGACAGGUAAUAUAAAGAAAUCUGGCUUGAAGAAAAUGAAGUCGUCUGACCGAUCGAGCAGAAAUGUGCUGGAUUUUCCAGCACAAGCGUCUCUGGAAGAAAUCAAGCAGAGAAAAGUCCUGGACUUGCGCAGAUGGUACUGCAUCAGCCGUCCUCAGUACAAAACAUCAUGUGGAAUUUCCUCACUCGUCUCUUGCUGGAACUUUCUGUACAGUACUCUCGGAGCUGGAAGCCUGCCACCCAUCUCCCAGGAGGAGGCCUUACAUAUUCUCGGUUUCCAGCCUCCAUUUGAAGAGAUCAAGUUUGGGCCUUUUACUGGGAAUGCGACUUUAAUGAGAUGGUUCAGACAGAUCAAUGACCAUUUCCGUGUUCGAGGAUGCUCUUAUAUUCUAUAUAAACCCCAUGGGAAGCACAAGACAGCAGGAGAGACGGCUGAAGGAGCAUUGCUUAAGCUGACCCAGGGAUUGAGAGAUGAAUCUAUGGCCUAUAUUUACCACUGUCAGAACCACUACUUCUGUCCUGUGGGCUUUGAAGCUACACCAUUAAAAGCAGCCAAAGCUUACAGGGGACCACUUGCUCUGAAUGAAAUGGAGCAUUGGAUUCUUAUUGGGGAACCAAGCAGGAAACAUCCUGCCAUCCACUGUAAAAAGUGGGCAGAUAUUGUGACUGACCUGAACACACAGAACCCAGAAUACUUGGACAUUCGUCAUACAGAAAGAGGCAUUCAGUUUCGGAAAACCAAAAAGGUGGGAGGCAACCUACACUGUCUCAUGGCCUUCCAAAGGGUGAACUGGCAGAAAAUCGGACCUUGGGCACUAAACCUAGAGAAUCUGAGGCAUGAUAACCACCAACAGGGAGCGGAUCAGAGGAGCCAGACUUCAGCAGGGGAGGCUGUAAGCGAUGGCGAGACCAAACACGGGCACCUGGGCCGCUCUCACAGCACAGGGAAUCAGAAAUCCGAGCAAGCGUGGAAACGGAUCUCCAAUACUGCAGAGUACAGCCACAGAGGCUGCCCUGACAGUGACCUGGAUGAGGACAUCGCUGACUGAAAAUGAAGUGGUUAUUUUCCAUUGGGAUUUCUACACAAUUUUUUCAAGCCAGGCAAAAUUUUGAGGUAUAUUUGAACUGGGGGGCGGGGAUUACUUCUUCUUUUUGAUCAUUGCAGAGAUGUCUCUAGAAAUGUGAUUGGUAAAAAAACAGGCAGAUCAAACAAAAACGUGCAGCUGUCCAUAAGCCCAAAUGUAAGGCGAGUAUUUUAUGUGCGUGACGCAUUCCAUUAGUGUCGUUCAAGUCAUGUGCUUCAAAGAAGGACUUUGUUCAUAAACACCUGAAGCACAGAAUGGGCUAACUUAGUGAGUAAAUUACAUUACGCAUAUAAUGUAUGUUGUGAUUAACUUUUAAAGUGCAUUAACAGCAGUAGAAGCCAUGAGAAAAUAGAACGACCACACUGACACGUGUGAAACAGGAGGACUGUUUGAUCAUGAGUGAGCUCUCUCCUCAUUUAAGGUGGUGUAAUCACAUGGGGGAAUAACUGUGAAACGAAACAUCAGUGACACUUCUAUUAUUGUGUAUGGUGUCUGAAUAUCAGUUCUUUGUGAAAAGCUGUAAGAGAGCAUGGUAGCUUUCAAAUUACGUGAUCCGUGGCGUCCGUUGAUAUUUUUGCCUCAGCAGCAUCACGAGUGUGUAUUAUGACGAGUGUCUACACUUACCUGAAGUCGUACAUACAUUUUAAAAAAAAAAAAAAAAAAAAAAAAAGAGUGUGAACUGGAAAUAGGUGGUCGCUUUUAUUUCUUAAUAAAUAUUUAUACAAUUUCUUGUAAAAAUAGUGGUCCACUG